AUGUGUCGCGCACUUACUCUCUCCACGUCGAAACGGGACCAAACUACACCAAAUACAGCAACCGCUAAACAACCCAUUAUCGGCGGAAAUCUCAAGACAGGCCUCGAAAAGCUUACACGGGCUGUAGAACGAGGAGUCGACCGUCAAAUCUUGAGCGCUCAAGUGCGGACUUAUGGCACACCUCCGUCGUCCUCUCAAUCCUCGGAACAAACAACGAACAUUGGCUCAUAUAACACGAAACCGAUUAUCUGA